UCGUCACGCUCCGCAACCUCCUUUCUUCAUCCCUUUUCCUCAUCUACCUUCAUCUCAAUCCAUCUCUGUUCUGCAUCGACAACUUCGUUAGGAUUGCUCUCACAAUGCAGCCGUGGCACGUCGUCUCGCUGCUUUCCCUGCUCCUUUCAACGUCGCUCCCUGCUGCUGGUCAAACUGUCGGCCUAGACUCAAUACACAACAAGACGGGACUCAGAGGCACUUGGGCAUCGGGCGCGAAGAAAGUAUUGACCGGACUUGGCUUUGCCAACCCUGCGAACACUUCCUUCGUGCAGCCAGACGUCUCAGGCAUCUCAUAUUCUUUCACUGAUGACGGCUUUUAUGAGGUCGCAAGAUAUCGCUUUACUGCGAACGGCACACAACCCUCUUGUCCCAAGAGUGCCAUGAACUGGGCACACGGGACCUACCAACUUCUAGACAACGGAUCCAUGACUUUCACUCCCUUCGGAGACGGAUACCAACUCAUCCAAGAUCCAUGCGGGCCCCGAUCCGCUUUUGUCGAGAACUACAACAUGACCGAACUUUACCAGUCCUGGCGUAUAUUCCAGGACCCAGUUGACGGGUUCAAGCUCCAUCUCUUCCAAUUUGACGGAUCACCUCUCGCACCGCAGUUCCAAGUGUCGACCGAUCCAAACAUGCUGCCGACGCAGAUGCUGCGUAACGUCACGCCUGGCUUCACAAGCCAGGACGGGUUCGUCUCGACCGGGAAGCGAGCGGUCCGGAGAAGUGGGAGUGAGCCGCAGACCGGUGGAGCCGUUGCCGGAGGGAGACUCGGUGACGCGAUGGGUGCCAGCAUGCUGUUAUGCGCGAUUGCCGGUGCUGUCUUGGUUGCAAUUUAGUUUUAGAGAAAAAGGAGAAUUGGACAUAUGAUCGUUAAAUGUGGCAUUUACACGUCAGCCCCUCCCUCCCUCCCCUAUCCUAUUCCGUUCCCACCUUUGUCCCCGCUGCUUUCGUAUGCAUCACUAGUACUGCUUCUUGUUACCCCUCCUCCUCACUUCACCUUCCCUAUAAAUCCGUUCUUGGACAGUUGAACCCUUUUUAACCUUCGAUCAACGAAGUUGAGCAUUCUUCAUCUGUGUCUGGCACGCUAGCAUCAUCCAUAUUGAAUAUAUAUUUUUACCUCCUCUUUCGGGAUUUCCCACCCCUCCUCCUCUCUCCUGCCCUCACGUCCCAUUUGGACUUCUUACCUUUUAUACCCUGCUCGCAGACGUCCACUCCUUUUCUCCCGCUCUUUCUCUUUUU